UGAAGUUUAGAAUUAGUUUGUGAUAACUGUCAGCUUGAUGAUAUCAGUUUGCUGGAGUUUUUUGUUAACAAGUUCAAUAUAGAGGAGGCUAAGCCAGUUAUUAAGGAAUAUAAAGAAGCUAUUGAGGAGCUAAAGGAAAUGAAACUCAGUCAGUGUCUGAAUGAAACAGUUUCAUAUCCUUCACCACUUGAGUGUGAAAGGAUUACCAUUUUUGUUGAUAAAGACGCUAAUGAAUCAGUGUUUAACGAUGUGCAAAGAAUUUCGUCAGCUUUAUUUGAAAAUUCUUCACGACAUAUCAAAUUAAAUGUCAUUAGAGAUGGUGAUUCUUUCACUAUCACUUGUUCCUUCCCUUUGAUUCUAUCUGAGCAGUUAAUUACAGCUGCUCUUAAUAAUAUUGAUGUAUUGAAAGAAAACAAAGUGAAGAGAUUAACCAUUGGAUACUGCACUGUGUAUGAGGUAAAUGAUACCUCCACUCCUUCUAAGUGUGGUUUAAUGAAACAAUUGAUGCUGUCAUUGAGUGUACAACUCAUUAAUAGUACAGAGGAGGUUACUACUUUAAAUGAGGAAAAUAUAGCAGUGAAGACAGAAGCAGAGUCAUGUAAAGAAUUGCUGGAUACUAAAAUCAAGAUGCUAAAAGCCAGUCUAUCAGAGAAUGAGAAGUUGAAAAUAAAAGCAACUGAGACUAAUCAGUUACUACAAGAGAAAGUAUCACAUUUAACAGAACAUGAAGAAGAAAAUGAGAAGUUGAAAGAAAUAAAAGAAUUAUUGGAAGAGCAGCUUGUUUUAUUUCAAUCUCAGGAAGAAGAAUUUAUACAAGAAGGAUCUUUACUGGAGACAAUAGAAAUUCAAAAGCAUGAUGAAGAAAUACAACAGCUUAAAAUACAGUUAGCAUCCUAUCAGAAACAGAAGGAAAGUGAAGAGAAAAGUUUUGCAGAAAUUAUGAAAUUACAGUCAGCAACUGAUAAAGAUGAAAGUAAAUAA